AUGGCUGUAUCAGCUGUGUCGACAGUAGUUGAUCGCCCAGCCGCAUUUUCAGGCAAUGUUGCCGAGUAUGAGGGAGGCUUGCAAGAUGUCGUGGUGGUUGGAGCGGGGAUCUCUGGCCUCACAACGGCUCAAGCCCUGGUCUCAGAGCACGCAGGAGCAGUGAAGAGCUUCCUGGUGACAGAGGGCAGGGAGCGGGUGGGAGGGAACAUCACCUCGGUGUCUGGGAAUGGGUACCUGUGGGAGGAGGGCCCCAGCAGCUUCCAGCCCAACGACUCCAUGCUCAAGGCCGCAGUGGAUGCGGGCAUUGGCAAGGAUCUGGUGUUUGGAGACCCCAAGGCACCUCGCUUUGUGUGGUGGAACAAGAAGCUCCGGCCGACGCCAAGCGGCCCGGACGUGCUCACAUUUGACCUUCUGUCCAUCUGGGGCAAGAUCCGUGCCGGCCUCGGUGCCGCCGGCUUCAAAAAGGCGCUGCCAGAGUUUGAGGAGACAGUGGAGCAGUACGUGAGGAGGAAUCUUGGGGAUGAGGUGUUCGAGCGGCUCAUAGAGCCCUUCUGCUCGGGCGUCUAUGCUGGCGACCCCACCAAGCUCUCCAUGAAGGCGGCCUUUGGCAAGGUGUACGACCUGGAGAAGAAGGGCGGGAGCAUCAUCGGGGGAGUUCUGGCGCUGAUGCAGGAGAAGAAGGCCAACCCGCCGCCGCCGCGCGACGAGCGGCUGCCGCCCAAGCCGGCCGGCCAGACCGUGGGCUCCUUCCGCACCGGCCUCACCAUGCUCCCCGAGGCCAUCGCCGCCAACAUGACAGACAAAAUCAAGCUGAGCUGGCAGCUGCAGGAGAUUGAGAAGGCGCAGGACGGCACAUACAACCUCUUCUACCAGACACCAGAGGGCGGCAGAAAGGUGCGCACGCGGUCAGUGGCGCUGACGGUGCCGGCCUACGUGGCAGCGGACCUGAUCAGGCGCGACUGCCCAGACGCGUCCUUGGCCCUGAAAUCCCUGGAUUAUCCCCCCGUGGCUGCUGUCACCCUCGCCUACCCCAAGUCCUCCAUCCGCCAGGACCGCCUCGACGAUGCCAGGAACCUUCCAGGGUUCGGGCAGCUGCACCCGCGCAGCCAGGGCAUCACAACGCUGGGCACCAUCUACAGCAGCAGCCUCUUCCCCGGCCGCGCCCCGGAGGGUUACCAGCAGCUGCUGUGCUACAUCGGGGGCGCCCUCAACCGCUCCAUCGUGUCUCAGGGCGACGACGCCAUCUUCGCGCAGGUGGACAAGGAUUUGAGGGAGAUGCUGAUACAGCCGAACGCGCCGGCGCCGCAGAGGAUCGGCAUCCGCGUGUGGCCCAAGGCCAUCCCCCAAUUCAACCUGGGACACCUCGAUGUCGUCCAGGGCGCAAAGGAGGACCUGCAGGCAGCUGGGCUGGGAGGCAUUCUGCUGGGGGGCAACUAUGUGGCUGGUGUGGCUCUGGGCAAGUGUGUGGAGUACGGCUAUGAGUAUGCCAAGGAGAUCUCCAAGUACCUGUCAGCACAGGAGCCUGUCGCUGCCACCAAUACAGAGGGCGACGCCUUCUUUGUUUGA